UUUCUCGAGAAAAUUAUUUUUUUAAUUGAAUGAGAAAAUCUACAAAGUUGAAUUAGUACAAACGAAGAAGAUUACUUCAAUUGAGGCAGAGAGAGAUUGAUUAUUCGAUCGAAUCAAGCUUGGUUUGUUAGUAAUGGCGGGAAUAGCUAUAGUUUUAGAUCUACUGAAUAAAUCUCAAUCCAAGCACAGUCUUCACUCAUCUUCCUUCUCUUCCGCCUCCGCCGCCGCUGUUUCUGCUGCCGCCACUGCUCCUUUUGCGUCUAGGUUUCUCUUCGGUUCCUUUGAGCCUCGAGUUGCUUAUUGUGAUGCCGCUGCUGGAAUUGAUGAUGACUACCUUGGUGCUAUACGAAAAAUGUCUGCGGAUGUUUUGCAGCGUGAACCGCUUGCAUAUAUUUCUAGUUCCAAAGAAUACAAUAUCCAGCCGAAACCAAUUUUCUCGGCCUUCGAGUUCAGGGCACUUGCAAUGACUACAGUGAGAUCCCUCUUGAUGUUUUAUUUGCCUCUUUUGGAGCCUAAAACGGCUUCUGAGGACGAUGAUGAUUUCCUAAACAAUGCUGCAGAAGAAAACCGCCGCACAGACUUGAUUGUUCCUCUUAAAAAGUCAGCCAAGCAAAUUGCCCGUGAGACCACAGUUGUGACCACUCGGAGACUCCUUGAAAGGCUGGCUUUGAGUUAUGUCUCACAGCGUAUGGCAUGGAAACUUCUAAAGGAUGCGCCUCAGUCGGCUUUACGCAAGGCUCAGAGAGGGUUGCCGACACAUGUAUACAUCUUUAAAGUCAGCCAAACAACUCUUAGAGGUCACUUCCUGGGAAUUGCAGCAUCAUGGGUAGUUCAAGUAGGCAUUGAAAUAUACAGAUGUGUGUUCCCGAAUGUUAAACCCGAGGAAGAAGAAGAGGAACAAGUCGAGAUAUCACAGCAAGCUAAGGACCUCGGAAACAAAGUUGUGGGUAUCACAGUACGAUGUGGGGCUUCCUUAGUGUUUGCUGCCAUUGGAGCCGGUAUAUGCUCUUGCCUUAUCCGUCCCUCCACGGGCCAAUGGAUCGGCUGCGCGCUGGGGGACUUGGCUGGUCCGAUGGUUGUUUCGGUUUGCCUGCAGAAGACUCUUCAAGCUGAUUAUUAAGUCCUUGUGUGGAAAUUGAAUUCUUCUACUUGAAUCUCGACGAUCCAAUUGAAAUCAUAGAGCUUGUUUUUUUUUCUGAAAUUUUCUUAUUGUCUUCAUUGAAACCUUAAAAACAUUGAUCAAUAGACUCUCAAAGUUAUUCUCAACAUGUACCUACUUUUGACAACAGCACAAUAAGUCAGGUAUUUAUUU